AUGAAGAGAGCUUAUUUGAAUUUGCUUUAUGGCUGUUUAAGUUUUUGCGGAUUUUGGCCACCCGAUGGUUCCGAAACGAUUUAUGCGAUAAACAUGAGAGUUUCUAUAAUUGUUUAUACUUACCACGUUUUUGGAGUUAUCUCUUAUAUUGUUAACAUAGCUCCAGAUUCUAGCGUUCCGGGAGGUGAAAAAUUAGAAUCUCUCUUUGUAGCAGCGGGAUUAUUUCAAAUGCUGAUUAAUUGCACGGCGAUGUUUAAGCAACGUCACAAAAUCAAACAACUUUACGCGAUUUUGGAAAACUUUGAGAACUAUGGAAUCCCGGAAAACAUAGCAACAAUAGCUUUCAUCAUAAACAUGAUUUCUGUCUUUUUUGUAUGUUAUUGCGUUACUGGGGGAUUCUUUGUUGCUUUAUACCCGGUUUAUGACUACGAAAAUUGUAUGUGGAAGGCUGAGUUAUCAAACAAAACGAUUUUAUGUGGAUUUGGAACCAAAGUUUCUUACCCCUACGAUAUUCAAGGCGGAUUAGUUUACCUUAUUCACGUCGCAAUUGAGAUAUACACAAUCUGUUUUUCCUGUUCUGGUGGUGCAAUCAUUGUUAAUUGUACUCUUGGAGCUUUUGAAUUCAUAAUUUUAAGAAUCAAUCAGUUAAAGAAUAUGUUGGAUAAAGCUUUUGAGACCAACGAUCGACUUGAACACAAAAAACGAUUUCGAGAAUGCAUUAUAUUUCAUAUUUACAUCAUUGAGUAA